GACGGCACGGAACGGAACGGACCGCACCGGAGAGCGGCGGGGCCGGGCCGGCACGGAGCGCGGAGGAGCGGAGCCGCCGUCGGGGCGCUGCCCGCGGGCGGCGCGGCGCCGAUGCGGGGCUGAGGAGCGGAGCCGCCCCCGCGGCAUGGGCGCCUGACGCCCGGUGCCGUCCCGCCGCCGAGGGACGAUGGCGCGGCCCCGCGGCGGGCGGUGGCUGCUGGGCGUGCUGCUCGCCCUGUGCCGCCUGGCCGCGCCGCUCGCCAAGAGCCUGGAGCCCGUCUCCUGGAGCGCCGGCAACCCCAAGUUCAUGACUGGGAAGGGACUGGUCAUCUACCCGGAGAUCGGGGACAAACUGGACAUUAUCUGCCCCAAGGCGGAGCCGUCCAAGCCUUACGAGUACUACAAGCUGUACCUGGUGAAGAAGGACCAGGCUGAUGCCUGCAGCACCGUCAUGGACCCCAACGUGCUGGUGACGUGCAACCGGCCCGAGCAGGAGAUCCGCUUCACGAUCAAGUUCCAGGAGUUCAGCCCCAACUACAUGGGCCUGGAGUUCAAGCGGCAGCAGGAUUACUUCAUCACAUCCACCUCUAACGGGACGCUGGAUGGCCUGGAGAACCGAGAGGGGGGGGUCUGCCAGACGCGCUCCAUGAAGAUCGUCAUGAAAGUGGGGCAGGAUCCGAAUGCGGUCAUCCCCGAGCAGCUGACGACGAGUCGGCCCAGCAAGGAGUCCGACAACACGGUGAAAAUCGUCACGCAGAGCCCGCGCCACAAGGUCCCCGCGGUGGAGGAGCCCGGCAAGCCAGGUUCCGUCAACCAAAAUGGCCAGGAAACCCAAGGUCCCAGCGACGGGUUCUUGAGCUCCAAGGUCGCCGUUUUUGCGGCGAUCGGCGCCGGCUGCGUCAUCUUCAUCCUCAUCAUCAUCUUCCUCGUCGUCCUCCUGAUCAAGAUCCGCAAGCGGCACCGGAAGCACACGCAGCAGCGGGCCGCAGCCUUGUCACUCAGCACCUUGGCCAGCCCCAAAUGCAGCGGGAACGCGGGCUCGGAGCCCAGCGACAUCAUCAUCCCCUUACGGACUACAGAGAACAACUACUGCCCGCACUACGAGAAGGUGAGCGGGGACUACGGGCACCCCGUCUACAUCGUCCAGGAGAUGCCCCCGCAGAGCCCAGCCAACAUUUACUACAAGGUGUGAGGAGCAGCCUGGGCACGCCGCCAAGCAGGGGAGCGCCGAGCGGCCGCCGGGUCCGGCUCCGGGGGAGGCAGCGACCCCGGCCCCGCGGCACGGCGCGGGGAGCGCAGGGGGCUGGCGCCCGGCAGCGCGCCGCUCGCUCGCGCGCCGUCUCUCCCCCUUUGUAUUUAGUUUUGUAGUUCUCAGCUUUUGUAAUCCCAGGACUUCGAGGGUGAGCCGCCAGCGUCCUCCUCUCCUGCUCCAGACUGCGGCCGGCCGGGGCGCGAGCCAAGCGCCCGCCGUGGCGGGCACCCUGCCUUUCCGCGCCCGCUCGGACACCGCCGGCGCCCCCGCAGACUCUGCCUCCCCUUUUAUGUUUUUGGGAUUUCCCCUCGUCACCUCCACGUCCUUGUGUUAAGUGCCCGUGCACCUGGUGCUGCAGCGGCCGCCGCUUCGGGCCCGGAGGGUCCCGGGCGCCCGGACGGACGCCGGGGCCGCGGAGAGGAGCUGGGGCCGACGAGGAGCGAGCGGCCUUGGGGGGAGGAGGAGGAUGCUUCGCCUAGGUGCCAAGAUGCAGAGAACUGUGCAGGGAGGAAGCUGGCAAACCCGAUUUACUACUACUACUAUUAUUAUUAUUAUAAUUAUUUUAAUUUUUUUUGUAACAUUUUUAUUUUUGUGAAUCCCGGGCGGGACUCCGGCCCGCCGCCCGCCGCCUCCGGGCACACGCCGCCGCCUCCUUCCAGCACGCCGUCCCGCCGGCCGCGGGGCAGACCCGCCGUCGCCCGCCGCUGCCGUUUUAAACUUUUGUGUUCGUAGCUGUUGACUCUUGUUUUAGUCUCUUUAUAAAAAGAAAGAAAGAAAAAAAAAAUAUAUAUGAUGUCUCAAGCAUUCAGCGCGCGAGAGUCCGAGCGCUCCUCCUGCCCUGCGGAGGCUGCAGCCUCGGCGGCGAUCCCGGACCUCCCCAGGGCGUCCUCCCGCCCGGGGCUCCGCGGCAGCGAGGAGCAGGGGAAGCCUCUGCUGCUGCUUCCCGUCGGGCCGGGACUGCUGGAAGUGAAGCGUGGGGCAGCCUGGGGAGGAGGGAGGGCAGGGCUGGCUGCACGUCCCGUGUCACCCGUGUCACCGGUCCCGUCCCGCGGCUGGUGCUGGGGCGGUGCUGCAGUUGGCUGCCCCGGGGUGCAGCCCUGCGGCGCUUCUCCUUGGAAAGGAAACUGGAAAACGAUGGUGCUGGGCUCGGGGCCGGGGCGGCGGUGCCAGGAGGAAGCCAACGUUUGGGAGACGGUGCUCUUGGGUCUCCACCAUCCACCCAGACAGGUCUGCUCAACCCUGCUCCUCCUUCUCCUUCUCCUUCUCCUUCUCCUUCUCCUUCUCCUUCUCCUUCUCCUUCUCCUCCUCUCUUUUCUCCUCCUCCUCCUCCUCCUGGCUGGGAGCUGAGCUGGAGGCUCUCCUUUGUCCUCCCGCUGUGCCAGGACCCCCUGGUGCCCCCCUGUGCCCUGCCUCCGGGCCCGACCCGAGCCUGGAGCUCCCCUGGGUGAUGCUCUGGGUGCAGGAGCCCACCCAGCCCCACCGGCUCCUGCAGGGGGUCACCAGCCUGGCCGUGCUCUGCUAUGGUCUGGCUCGCCUUGUGCCCGAAACUGGAAGGGUUGGAGCCUUGGGCUCUUCUGGCAGGCUCGCUCCUGGCUUCCUCUGCCCGGGAGGGCCUGCCGCCGCCGUAGCUGAUGCGCGGUGAGGUUGGAGGUGACAGCCCUGCCACCCUGCCUGUCCCAGCCCGGGGCUGGCGGCUGCGUGCGCCUUCCUCGCUUUCUUUUCCUUUCAGAAGUAGCUGCUUUUGCUCAGGGAGCAAGCGCGGGGCAGGAAGGGGCUGCUGCUGCCCACCGCGGUGCGCCCCCCUGCCCGGCUUCUCCUCGCCUUGCCCCGGGCACGCGUCCGGCGCCGGCGGCCCUGGGUGCUGGGCUGGGACGUACCCGAAGAGCGAGAGAGCUGCUCUGCAAAAGUGCCUUGAUGAGGAGAGGGCCGGGGGUGGCAGGAGGGCAGGGCUGGAGCUUGGGGGGCCCCGGAGGGGACAGCCCCGCGGGGUCUGCCCUCGCUCGGGGCAGCUGGGGCAGGAGCGUGCUCGGCUCUGCGCCGCCUGUGGGCCCGAGCAGAGCGUUUGUUCGUGUUGCUUUAGUUAUUUUUAUUUUUAUUUUUUGGAAAGGUGGGAGUUCGGGAUGGAGCAGCGUGGGCUGCCCCAGCUCCCCUCCCCGGCCUGGGCAUCCCUGCGGGGGGACGGCUGCAGCCCCGGGGCAGUAACGCAGUCGCUGCCUGUGGCAGAGGGGAGCCGGGAGCGGGGGCUGCCCUGCCCAGCCCUUCUCCUUGCUCCCCCCCCCCCAGCACCUUUCGGACCCCCUCCUCCCCGCCCCCAGCCCCUUGCCUUCCCCUCGGGGUGUCUAUGCAGAUGCUGCGCUGUGCUGGCGCUGCCAAAGGGGACGGGGUCUGCUCUCCAUCACGGAAAAUUGUGUCUUAAAAAAAAAAAAAAAAAUUUUCCCCCAAAUUCCGACCUGGAGGUCCCCAAGGGAGCAGAGCCCAGCGGGCAGGAGCCGGGGUGGGUUCGGGGCAGGAGUUUCACGUGGCGAGGCUGGGGCAGUGUGGGGGGGGGGGGGGGCAGGUUUUGGGUUGAUUUGCCGAGGGUCUGGCCACGCAGCGUGCCAAAAGCCAAGCAGUGAGUCCUUGUGGCUGGCCCUGCUGGCGCUCCGGGGUGGCCGCUGGCCCCGGGCAGCCCAGCUCCUUCUGCGGCGGGCAGCUGAAAAAAAACUUGUAAAUAUGUGCAGAAAGGGUGAAAUCUGAACUCUUGAUUUUUGCUGAGCACCUCGGUCUGCUGGGUCCUGAAACUGAGUGUCCCUUCUGUUCUUUUCAUCGGAAGCGUUGAAGUUCUUUUUUUUUUGUUGUUGUUUUGUUUCGUUUUGUUUGUGUAAAUACUAGUCUUUUUUGGGAGAAAUAAUGUAAAGAUGUUUUGUAUAAACUCCGAAUUAUUUUCUGGUUGCUUUUUCUUAGAAAAACAAAUGAGAACUAAAAAAAAAAAAAAAAAAAAAAAAAUUAACCACGAGAACGGGUGUAAAACAUUGUCAUACUGCGAUCAAAUCCAGGAGCCGCACUGCGGGAUCUGUGCUGGUGUGCGGGGGUCCCGGGGGCCAGUCCUGGGGUCGCCACAGGAGCCCCCAGCCCCAAAACGCCCCUCGGUGAGGGGAGGGGUGCUGGGUGCUGCUGUCCAGGAGUGCUCCUGGCACCCGAGCCGCCCGUGCUGGGGCAGGAUUGGGAUCUGUACCCUCGGUAUAAUGCAGGAUGUGCCGGGCCCCAAGCAGAGAGGACGUCCCACCCCCCCCCCGCUGUGGUGUGGGGCUGGUGCCCCUCUGCCCCUGGGCACAGCUCCGGACCCCGCGGUGCUCAGGGGGAGCUGGACCUGGUGCGUGGAAAGCUCCUUGCUGGGUCCAAGCGGAGCUGCUGGGCACGGACCUGUUAACACAAAGUAAAUGCAAGCAGCAGCAAGUUGAUCUCCUUUUAUUCAUUUAACAGAAAAAAAAAAAAAAAGAAAAAAAAUAUAAAACAACACAAAGCAAAACCAAAACCUCAAGACACGUAACUCCAUGCAGCAUCUUGAGAUCUGCUUUUUCCAGACCUGUGGAUCUGCUCUGUCGCAGAGCCCUUCUCCCCCUGCCCUGUUUUCCAGCUGCAGGCUGCAGCCCGCUCUCUGCUUGGUGCCCCCCCGGCAGGCUGGAGGCGGCCGUCCCCGCUGCAGCCAUCUCGGUGCCACUGUCACACCCGGCACCUGGGCGCGCUCCGCGGUCCCAGAUGCCCCCAGCAGCCCAUGCAUUAAAUCCGCAUUAUAUCAGCAGGGUACCGGGGGGCUGCGGCAGCCCCUGCUGCUCGGGGAGCCCCCAGCAGGGCCGUGCCCCCGCCGCCCCGCACACCAGCACCCCCGUGCCCGCUCCCACAUUUCAGUGCUGCCACCACGCGCGCAUCCCUCGCCCGGUGCCACGCAAGAGGGGGCUCGGCUGGCGCAGCCCCGGGGGGCCGCGGGGGCUUGGGGCGGCCGUGGCGUGGAGGUGCCCAGGACCCCCUGCCCCGGGGGGGGGCCGCGUGGCGUGGGGCGAUGCCAGCAGCCUGGGGUCGGGGCUCAGCAUCCUUCACCGCUCAGCGUCCGUCGACUCCGGCCCCACCAGCCGCGCCGCCCCCAGCGCUGGGGGCUUUUGUUUCUUCUCGUCAUUGUUCCUCCUCCUUUCGGUUCCUUUCGCCCUCGCCCCAGCUCUCCCGCCCAGUAGCAUAUCAUCGCCAUCGGUAACCAGCUCUGUGGCAUCUGAACCCCAUGGAGCCGUGAUGGAACCUGAUAUAUUGUUAAAUAAAAGGUUUUUUUCCUAUGGAAA